AUGGGGGUCCCGCCGCGGCCGCCGCCGCCACUGCGGCCGCUCCUCUGGCUGCUCGCGCUCCUGGCGGCCGCGCCCUUCGCGUCCCUGGAGCCCGAGACCGGCCUGGAGCGAGAGCCGCCGCCGCCGCCCCAGCAGGACCAGCAGAAGCCGCCGCCGCCGCAACACCCGGCCGGGCCGGAGCUCGUCAGGGCCGAGAAAGGACCUACUCAGGUUGCCCCAGACCAUUCUGUUAGCAGAGACUCUCUAGAUAAGACCAACCUGGGAUUUAUCCAUGCAUUUGUGGCUGCCAUAUCGGUCAUCAUCGUCUCUGAACUUGGGGAUAAGACUUUUUUCAUCGCCGCCAUCAUGGCAAUGCGUUAUAACCGCUUGACGGUGCUGGCUGGCGCUAUGCUCGCCUUAGGGCUGAUGACGUGUUUAUCAGUUUUAUUUGGUUAUGCUACCACGGUUAUCCCCAGAGUAUAUACAUAUUAUGUGUCAACUGCACUCUUUGCAAUUUUUGGCAUCCGAAUGCUUCGGGAAGGCUUAAAGAUGAGCCCAGAUGAAGGUCAGGAAGAAUUGGAGGAAGUUCAAGCAGAAAUCAAGAAGAAAGAUGAAGAACUCCAGAGAACGAAGUUGUUAAAUGGGCCCGGAGAUGUGGAAACAGGAGCAGGCCCCAGCUCGCCUCAGAAGAAAUGGCUGCAUUUUAUUUCUCCCAUUUUUGUGCAAGCUUUUACUUUAACAUUCUUAGCAGAAUGGGGAGACCGCUCUCAAUUAACCACAAUAGUUCUGGCAGCAAGGGAGGAUCCCUAUGGUGUGGCAGUUGGUGGGACAUUUGGACAUAGUUUAUGCACUGGCCUAGCAGUGAUUGGAGGAAGAAUGAUAGCACAAAAAAUCUCUGUUCGGACUGUGACAAUCAUAGGAGGCAUUGUUUUCUUAGCAUUUGCAUUCUCUGCACUAUUUAUAAGCCCAGAUGCUGGUUUUUAACAAGAUGUUUCUCCAUUUCCUUGAGGAAAAAAAUGAGGACUAGGAGCAACAAACCUAUCCUUGGUGUUCUGUAUAUAAUGUACAGUUGUAGUGAAAUGAGCACUGAUGAUGAGAUGCUGAAACUCCUAUAGUAACAAUUUGGGACACUCUGAAUAUACCGUGAUGGAGAAUCC